UUGAGAGACUGCGUACUUUUCUUCUUUUAUCAUUUUGAAUGAGAAUCACAAAAUAAUAGAGUGAAAUUAGUGUUUGUUUAUUUGUUAAACAAAUUGCGGCAAAAGUCCACAAGCAGCGACAGCGGCAGCGAGAGAGAGCGAGCAAAAUCAACCGCAGCCGCAGCAUCGUACGAAUGAACGGUGAAACGCUCUCAUUCAUUCCAUGAUCACGGAUCGUUUUCGGUAGCGGCGGGUGCUGUGCUCCUCUUUUGUCUCUGUGUGGGUGUCGUCAUUAUUUGUUGUCUCUUGUAGUUUUUUUUUAUAUUGUUUUUUUUUGAAUUUAAUUAAUUGUGUGGCAACAACAAGCACAAAAUCGCGAAAAAUCAUUGUGUGCACCACCCAGCCGUCCGUCUCGUUCUUCCCGCUCUCGAUUGUGUGUGUGUGUGUGAGCCAUGGAAAUGUCACACACAUUCACAUGCACAUGCAGAUUCUGGCUGAGAAUGUGAGACUGUGUUAGUGUACAAUCGACGAUUCCUUGAGGAUUCGAUACAAAAAGAUGGUUAAAUCUCUGGUUUCCAAGCUGUCGACAGCUUCCUCGAAUCUCUCUCUGGCCAGCACAUUUGGCGUCGGCAGCAGCCACAGCAGCAGCGCGGCAGAGGAAACAAAUUACGCAAAACAUCGCAAUGAUCCGGGACGAUUUUUCGGCGAUGGCGUGCAGUUCAAGGCCAAACUCAUUGGCAUACUGGAAGUGGGCGAGGCACGGGGCGAUCGCAUGUGCCAGGAGGCACUGCAGGACCUCAAGAUGGCCAUCCGUGCCGCGGGCGAGCACAAGCAGCGCAUCACCAUUCAUGUGACAAUCGAUGGCCUGCGGCUGCGGGAUGAGAAGACGGGCGACUCGCUCUACCACCAUCCGGUGCACAAGAUCUCCUUCAUUGCCCAGGACAUGACGGACUCGCGUGCGUUUGGCUACAUCUUUGGCUCGCCGGACAGCGGGCAUCGGUUCUUUGGCAUCAAGACGGACAAGGCGGCCAGCCAGGUGGUGCUGGCCAUGCGUGACCUCUUCCAGGUUGUCUUCGAGCUGAAGAAGAAGGAGAUCGAGAUGGCCCGCCAGCAGAUCCAGGGCAAGUCUCUGCAUGAGCACGCCAGCCAGCUGGCCUCCUUGUCCGCACUGAGAGCUGGAGCAGGUCAUGCAGAUCUCGCCAGUGGCAGCCACCCGCUCACCCUGAGCUCACUCUGCGGGCAGGAUGCCUACUCGAAUGGAACCACGCGAUUGGGCGUCAAUCUGGAUGUGGCCAAGACCUCGGGAGCAGCAGCCAAAGAAAUCUCUCCUGAAUCUGUGGCUGAUCUGGUAGAUCUGGAGCAAGAGUUGACCUCGCUGCAGCGCGGCAUUACUCAAAUGGAGAGGAUUACGCCCAGCGAGCCGGGCAUGCAUCAUCCCUCCAGUGGUGGCGGCGGCGGCAGCGGGCAUCCCGGCAGCCUGGCCAAAUCUGCCAGCGAGGACGAUCCCUUCGGGGACUCCUUCAUCUGUGUGCCAUCGUACAGCAUCUUGCCGCCACCACCCGAAUCGGGACGCAAUCGACACAAACCCCAGAAGACGCCAGAGUCGACUGCCGCUUUGGAUGCCAUUCUCUCGCCUCCUCCCGGUGCGAGCUCCUCGCCAGCUCCGGGCGUUGCCUGCCAGGCCUCUGGCGUGGACAAUGACGAUGACAGCUGGCUGCACGAGUUGGAUCAGCAGAGCGAUGUCUUUGACACCACCAAUGUGGUGGCCGCUGUCCUAUCGAUGGCUCCACUGGCGGCCAGCGAAUCAACGGCCACGCCCACACAACAGUUGACGGAAAUGUCGUCGGCCGCCACAGCAGCAGCCACAGCAAGCACAUCGCUGGCGGAUCUCGAUAUGGGCGGCGGACUGACGGGCACAGCAGCAACAGAGGAGCCAGCAAUCAUGUCGCUGGAUGCAUUCACGGAUCUGGAUCCGCUGGGCACCGGUCGCACCCGGCCGUAUGUCGAUAAGAAAUACUUUUUCCAAGAGCUUAAGAAUCCACCCAAGAAGCUGCUCAAGGAGCUCAGUGGUGCGGGUGCCAGCGGCUUGGGCCUGGACACCGGCAGUCUCUUCCCCACAGAAGAGGAGGCAGCAUGUACGGGUGCGACCACGACCAUCAUCGCUAGCACCACCACAGCAGCAGCUACUAACAUCACAGCAGGGAAUUCUGAUCCGCUACUAACCAACGCUACUGCGGCAGCCACUUCUGGUCUUCUGGGUCAUCAUCAUCACCACCACCAACAACUGCUACUAACCAGCUCCAGCGCCGCUCCCACACCCACUCCCAAUACCAAUCCCGCCCCAGCUCCAGCUCCAGCUCCAGCUCCAGCUCCCACUUCCGCACUCUCUUUUCCCAUAUUGUCCGCCAGCGCUGAAGACUUUUCGUCCGCAAAGCUAAAACUUUUGCUUAGAAGAUCGCCCCUGACUAAUCCCACACCACCACCCACUUAUCCACCCACCUGUGGGUCCAACUAUUAUACCACAGAACCGCUGCCAACAACAACAACAACGACGACGACGACGACAACGCUGGAGGAUCCGGCGAAUCCUGUGCUGCUGCCACGCGACACGGAUCCGUUCUCGCCGACGCGCAAGAAGAGCGAUCCGGAUCCGUUCCAGGAGGGCGAUCUCUUUGCCAAGCUUGAUGCCUUCGAGUUUGAUGCACCUGCUGCCGCCACACUUCCAGCUGCAAGCGAAACCCGAACGAGCGCCUUUAAUGGUCCGCUGCAGGUGCAGCUGCCGCCGGAGAAGGCAGCGGAGCAGCUGAGCACCGUGCGGAAUCGUCCCACUGUGUCUGUCUCCUCGCUGCCCAAUCCGCUGGGUGGCGGUGGACCCCUCGAUGUCAUCUCCAGCAUUAGCAACAAGAAGAUGCCGCACCUGUUUGGCCAGGCGCGAGGUUUCUCCAAGCGUGGGGACUCCUCCUCCUCGGAGAUCGGGUCCAGCGUGAAUAUGCGACGCCUGCAGGAGAGCGACUCCUUGAGCGAAACGGAGGCUGCCCCAGAGCCACCACCACGACCGGAUUCAGCGCCCUGCGCUGGGCCACCGCCGCUGCCGCCCAAGAAGCAGUUCAGCGACCUGGUGAUACGCCCGAGUCCUGCGCCACCGACUGCCGGUCGGUAUGAGUAUCUGAACAGCAGUUCCUCCUCCACGCGGCGCACGCUCUCCCACUCGCUGGCGGAUGCACCGCCCAUACCAUUGCCCUCGCGUCGUGUGGGACGCACUGAGGCGUGCUUUCCGGGUCCCGGUCGUCCCAGGAAGCCACAUCAGCCGGAGGAUGAUUAUAUGAUGCCGCUGGGACCGCCACCGCCACUGCUGCCGCCACCGAAUCAGCCGGCAUCAACAGCAACAUCCUCCACGGCCCGUGCGCGUCCACAACGGCAGCAAUCGCUGGGCAGGCCACAGGACAUUUACGAGAACAAAGCGGAGAUCCUGGCGCAAGCGGCAGCAACCCAGGAGGUGCCUGCUGCGCCCGCUCUGCCACCCGACAUAACGCUGACGCAGCUGCUCACUCUGGGCAUGGAUGAUCUGGCGGUCAAGCUGAAUGUGCCCGCCUCAAAGCUGAGCACAAUGACCCUGGUGCAGCUGACGUCCUAUCUAUCGGAGUACUUGUCCUCCAGCGAGAAGAGCAGCCAAUGCCUCGCUCCGCCCGCACCUGCAGCGCCAGCCACAGUCGCUGCCCCUGUCGUCUCCUCCUCCUCUGCGGCUGUCUUCAAGGUCAACUUUGAUCAGCAAACGUCCUUUGUGGCCUCCUUUGACGACACUUUUGGCGAGGAUGAAGCUACGUUGGGUGUGCCCUCGCCGCCCGAGGAGGCGCCCAUUUUUGUGGCCAACUUUGCCAACUUCAAUGACGCUCCAAUGCCAGCGGCUGCCCCGGUGGCUGUGCCCUCGGCCGAUCGCUAUGCGGUCUUUCGCGAGAUUAUCGAUCAGGAGCUGCAGCAGCAGCAGCAGGAAACGGAUCUCAUGGGGGAUCUAACGCCGCCACCCGUUGAAGAGCAAGAGGCGGCGGCACAAGAGGACUCCAUCCCCACGGAGCUGCCACUGAUCGAUGCCAUUGUCACGAGCUCUGCGCCUCCAUCUGCGCCUCCUCCGCCGCUGCCAAAGAUCGACACAAAAAUCACCGAAGUGGUGGCCCAGGCCAAGGAUCGUUAUGCGGCACUCAGGGACAUCAUUCUGGUGGAGAAUCUUUUCGACAAGCCGCAGCCUGCACAGCCGCCGCCGCCGCCGGAGAAGGAUUUGCUGCAGGAUUUUCCCGAAUUCAGCGAUGAGUUCAAUGAGGAUCAGGAUCUGCGGCAGAUUAUGGACCUACCGCUGGCCGAGCAGCAGCAUCCGCAGGAUCGUCAUGGCCUGGUGGACAGUCGCGGCUUUCCCGCCGAGCCCUCAUCCUCCGCGCUGACCGUGGACGAUGAUGACGAGGAUGAGGAUGCCGAUGCCGGGGGAGAGAGCAGCAUGGACAGCAACGAAAAGGAUGGGGAACCGGUGAGCGGACAGGAUCAGUAUGAGAAGCUGUCCACCUCCACGCAGCAGCUGGAUGCUGUGGUGCCCGCCUCGCUGCUGGAGGAGGAAUCCUCUGCCAAUCCGCUGCCACACGCACCCAAGCAGGAUCAUAAGUUCCUGUCCGUGCUGACGGCACCCCCGGGCGGCAGUGGCAGUGGCAAAGAUGACAUUGAAAUCGAUGAGCUGAUGCAUCGAGCGAUCUCGAAUCUUUCGCUGGAUUCACGGGAUCGCAUCUCGCCGGCCAACUCCUCGGCGGCACCCUCACGCGGCCCACAGAGUCUGGGCGUGCAGCAGUUCAAUGAUGUCAGCACCUCGCCCAUUCCGCUGCAGAAAUCCCCAGCGCCACAGCAGCAGCAGCAGCAGCCCUCACCCGUGCCGUCACACCUGUCGGCUGUCUCGCAGCUCAUAGACACCGCCACCAAGCAGAUGCUGAGCGAACGUGAGAGAGAGAAGCAGUCCUGGGCCACAUUUGAUUCGCCAAAGGCCAAGGGCAAGGCACGCCUCACGCUGCCACCGCCGCCGCCGCCUGCCUCAAACACCUCGCAGCAGGACACGGCAGAGUCGCCGUGCAGCUCCGAUCCACGCGAUGAUGGCUGGUCCAAGCAGCAGCGUCGUUGGGCCAAGAAGGAGCGACAUCAGACCUCGUCGUCGUCUAGGGAUUUGAGUCCCUGGGAUGAUGAGACGCCGGAGUAUGUGAAGCGACGACAAAUGGCACAUGCGCAGGUGCAGCCACAGCACACGGAUCGUCAUGGCUACUACAUGCGGCAUGCCCGAAGAAUGAACUCCUGCGAUGAGGAUUACGACUACGAUGCCGAGCUGAUGGCGCGCAGGGAGCGUGAGCAGCAGCAAAGAAAAUUCAAGCAUGGCCUCAGCCGCAGCAGAGACAACUUUGAUUUGGACUCCCCCAGCUGGUAUCAUCAUCCCACACAUCACACCUGGUCGCCGCAGGAGAUCGAACAGGGCGUGCGCGCGCGUUCCUUUGAGCGCAGCGCCUACGAGCGUUCCAGCUAUGGGCCGCCCAUGUAUGCGGAUAAGCGCGGGGGACAGCCGCCGCAGCUGCGCAGCAAGUAUCGUGGCGAGCGUGAGCGGGAUCGCGAUCGAGAGCGUGAGCGGGAGCGCGAGUACCGGGAUUAUGCGCGGCCCAGCUACGAUUUUGAUUACGAGAAUGUUUACGAGCUGGAGCAGCGCGGUGGCCGCUCGCCCAUGGCCUACAAAACGAGCGGCAGAGGUGCUGCAGCUGGCGACUACAUGUACGAGCGGGAGCGGGAACGCGACAGAGAUCGCAAGUCGUUUGAUCGCGAGAGUCUGGAGUCCUUUGAGAGCGCCACGCGACGCAGGCGCAGCUUUGGCAGCGGCAACGAUGUUUACGGCAGCCUCGACAGUCGCGACGAGUACCGCGGCGGUGUGGAUCGCGAGCGGGGGGACAGGGGCGACCGUGAGCGGGAGCAAAUGAAGACGCGUUCGCUGAGGAAACCCACUACCACCUCCGGCAAGCUGCGCAUCAGCGGGGAUAUAGACUACGAACAGGAUUCGGAGCAGGACUUUCAGCAGCGCGCAUCGGUGAGGAGUUUGCAGCGUCCCAGUCAACUGGGUGGCGGCGAUGCGGUGCUGUCGAUCGGUGGCGCAGGCGGCGUUGGCGGUGGUUCCCAGCGUUUGCGCAAGAGCAGCGGCUCCAGUCCGUGGGAUGGUGAGGAACCCACUUUGCCGGGCCAAAAGUCUUGGAAGCGUCCUGCCAGCGUAGCCGAAACAGAGCGACGUUUGGCGGAGAGUCGUCGCGCUGUGGCCUUGGGUCAAACGCCCUCCGAUGGGGAAAAGGAAAGAAGAUUCCGCAAGAAAACUCGCGCACGCAGCGCCAAAGAUUUGGCCAGCGUUGGCGGCCCUGGCGCUGGUUCCUCCACCAUUGUGAAUCCUCCACCGCCACGCUAUGUGGGCGGCAGUGGACGUGGCAUGCGGGACAACUACGAUUACAUGAGCAGCCACCAACAGCAGCAGCGCAAAGAUGUCGAUGUGGACGAUGACGAUGUGGCCGAUGAUGAUGAUGAUGAUGAGGAUUAUGUGGAUGAUGAGCCGCCCACGGAUGAGGAUAAGUUUGAGCGUUUGAAUCGCAGGCGCCACGAGAUGCAUCAGCGCAUGCUGGAGAGCGAGCGACGUCAAAUGGAGCGACAUCCAACGCUGUCGAAGAAUCGUUCACGAGGCGGCGGUGUCCCACCUGUGAUCAACAGUGAUUAUGGCUUUGUGGAUAGCUACGAGCAGACGCCCACACCGACCCCACGUUCGAAUGCCAGCAGCACGCCCGCUGGACUGAUGAGCGGCGGCGGUGGGUUGAUGGGCAGCGGCGGCGAGUCCUCUGCAGGCGUUGGCGGCAAAUUCAACUUUGACGAUGGCUUUGAAUCGGACUUUAAUCAGAGUUCGCCACCGCCAGCGCCCGCUGGCACUGCCUCCAGCUGUAAUUCCACGCCCGCGGGCCCCAUCUCGGCGGGCAGUGUGGCCAGUGGCGGCUCCAAGUCGCUGUUUCGCUUCUCCAAUGACUUUUCGGAGAAGGGCGGCGACAAGAGGGAACACUUUGACAUGGAAGCGCAGCCAACAUCCACGCCACCCAUAACCCAGAAGCUGCGCUUCGAUGAUAAUGUCAAGAUCUCGCAGUUCGAUGAUGCUGCAUUCGAGGAUGACUUUGCCAAGGCUUCGUUUGACUUUGAAAAGGAGCAGCAGACAGUUGGUGGUGCUGCCACAGUAACUGGUGGAGGAGCUGCUGCUUUGACGAGGAAACAAAAUAUGCGCACCUCGAAGCUGCAGCAGCGGCAGGAACUCAUUAAGAAAUCGGAAUCGGUGAAUAUAUUUGCCAAGAAGCAGGAGGAUCCCUUCGAGGAUGAUGAGUUCUUCAAGUCACCCGAUCAGGAUGAGCUGCAAAAGGACAAUGAUGGCGAGGCGGCGCACGCAAACAAUAAAUUCCAAUGGAACGAGGAUGAGAACUUUGCGAAAUUCGAUGAAAAUAUGUGAUUUGAUCAACUCUUUGCCCAGGCCACGGGCCCCAAGAUGGGACCAGGCUUGGGCCUGGGACUGGGACUGGACGUGGAGCGGCAGCGGCAGCGGGAGCCAGAACGUGACAGCAUCGAUGGGCACAACUAUGCA